CUCCCGCCCGCACCGACUCGCUCCCGGCCGCCUCCAUCCAUCCCGGCCGCGGCGGGCGCCGGGUGGGACGCGGCACACGGGACACGGGAUACGGGACACGGGAUACGGGACACGGGACCCCGCGCUCCCCACGCCUGAAGACCCCGCGAUCUCUCCCCGCCGCGGGAAUGCGCUUUCUCCGAGCACUCCUGUCGAACCCCGGCCGGCAACCUGUGGGCUGAUCUUCUUCCCCUCGGCAACUUUCUGGGCUGGUCGUCUUCCCCCGGCAACUUUUGGGUUGAUCUUCUUCCCCUCGGCAACUCUCGGGUUGCUCUUCGCCCGGUGCUUCCCGUCUGCCUUCUGCUCGUCGGGCUCCUCCGCCGCCUCCCUUUGCGGAAGGAAAGCUUUCACUCCUUCAACAGCACUGAUUUUGCUGGGUGGUUUUUUAUUUCUUUUUUUUUUUUUUAACUGUGGCUGGCGGCUUUUGGUUUUCCGUGUGUCUGUGUGUCUGUGUGUCUGUGUGUGGGGGCUUUUUGGAGCAGGUUGGCCGUGUCCAUCCCGCUGGACGAGAGAAAAGCCAUGUUUCCGAGAGCAGGCUUCCACCUGCUGCGGUUCAAAUAUUGUUAAGCAGCCGGUUUCUGUGGCCGAAUUAGAGGAAGACUGUCUCAGAUACUAAAAAAAAAAAAGAGAGAGAGAGAGAGAAUUGGCAAUGAGUGCCGAAGUUGUUGCAGACUGUUGGUUUGACUGCUGAGGAGGACGUGAGUGGGAGAGAGAGAGCGCUGUUGCACACACAAAACCACAGAGAGAACCCACAAUUUAACCAACAUCCCCAAACCCGAGUUUUCGGCUGUGGACCUUUUAGCCUCAGAGCUUGCGAUCGGCCGCGACCUUUCUUUAAACCGAUGAAAGGCGUUACACCAAAGACAGAGAUUCGAAGCUUGAAUGCAAUGCCCUGAGCUUUUCUUUUUUCGCUUUUCUUUUUUUUUUUUUUGCCUUUUUUUUUUUUUUUUGCGCAAGAAUAAUCUAGAGGUCAUGACACGACUACUCUUAGAGAGACGCGAACCAAACUACUGAAGCUCAUUUUCAAGGCUGCUUUAAAAAAAAAAAAAAAAAAAAAAAAAAAAAAAAAAAAAAAAAAAGGAAAAGAAAAAACUCGCAGAGAACAUUAAUGGAUUCCUGUUGUGUUUAAAUUCUCUACAGAUUAUACUGUAAAUAUUUUAUGAAGUCCGGUAUAUGUGUGUGUGGUUGCGUGUGUGGACGUGAAUAUAUAUACACAGUUGUAGCCAGCUGACCUUUGAUCACAAAGUCUCGCUCUCGUACCGCCUUCUCUGAAGACAACCCCGAAUUUCCCUCUCGAAAAGAGCCAUUUUUUGCCCGCGGAAGGCGCCGGUGUGGUUUAUUUUCUCUUGGGACUGUAGAGAAAUCACCUGGAAGAGACCGGCAGGCGGCUGACAGGGAAGCCCAGGCUUAGCGCGUGUUUCUUGUUACUUGGUCGCCUCCCUUCUUCUUUUUUUUUUUUUUUUCUUUUUUUCCCCUCGGGGAGUUUGGAAUGAGCUUUCUCCCCGAGAACUUUUUGUGGCGCGGCCGCGGACUCGAUGCGCGGUAAAGCCCCGCACGGACGCCCCUUGGGUUUAUCGGAUUAACGCGUUUGUUCCGCCGCUCCAGGAAGCCAAGAGUUAAGUCUGGGCGCGCUCUCUCUAUAUCUCAGCAAAAAAAAAAAAAAGAAAAUUAACUUCGGGGACUGGCGUAGAAACAAGUUUCCCGCGGGUCCUCGGCCCCGUCUCCGUUUAUGUUGGUCCCCGGAGAGCGGCUCGCCGAAGAGUUCCGCUCGCCUCGCUGUUCUGUAAGAACUCCGUGGAGGUCCCUCACUCAAAAGGCUUGUUGUGAUGCGUAUCCCCGUAGAUACCAGCACCAGCCGCCGCUUCACGCCGCCCUCCACCACGCUGAGCCCGGGGAAGAUGAGCGAGCCGCUGGCGCUGCCCGGCGCCGAGCACGGCGGGGCUUUGCCGGGGAAGCUGCGCGGCGCCGACCGCAGCAUGGUGGAGGUCCUGGCCGACCACCCCGGGGAGCUGGUGCGCACCGACAGCCCCAACUUCCUCUGCUCCGUGCUGCCCACCCACUGGCGCUGCAACAAGACGCUGCCCAUCGCCUUCAAGGUGGUGGCCUUGGGGGACGUCCCCGACGGGACGCUGGUGACGGUGAUGGCCGGGAACGACGAGAACUACUCGGCGGAGCUGCGGAACGCCACGGCCGCCAUGAAGAACCAGGUGGCGCGGUUCAACGACCUCCGCUUCGUGGGCAGGAGCGGGAGAGGGAAAAGCUUCACGUUGACAAUCACGGUGUUCACCAACCCCCCCCAAGUAGCCACAUACCACAGAGCCAUCAAGAUAACAGUGGAUGGACCUCGGGAACCCAGAAGACACCGUCAGAAGAUAGAUGAGCAGACGAAGCCUGGCAGUCUGUCCUUCUCUGAGCGCCUGAGCGAGCUGGAGCAGCUGCGGCGCACGGCCAUGAGGGUCAGCCCACACCACCCACCCCCCCCAGCCAACCCACGGGCCUCCCUCAACCACUCCACUGCUUUUAACCCUCAGCCUCAGAGCCAGAUCCAGGACACGAGGCAGGUGCAGCCGUCCCCGCCGUGGUCCUACGACCAGUCCUACCAGUACCUGGGCUCCAUCGCCGCGCCCUCGGUGCACCCGGCCACGCCGAUCUCGCCGGGCAGGGCCGGCGGCAUGUCCUCGCUCACCGCCGAGCUCUCCAGCCGCCUCUCCAGCGCUUCAGACCUGACGGCCUUCAGCGACCCCCGGGUGGGCAUCGACCGCUCCUUCCCGGCGCUGCCGUCCAUCUCCGACCCGCGGAUGCACUACCCGGGGGCCUUCACCUACACGCCCACGCCCGUCAGCUCCGGCAUCGGCAUCGGCAUGUCCGCCAUGUCCACGGCCUCCCGCUACCACACGUACCUCCCGCCGCCCUACCCGGGCUCCUCGCAGGCCCAGGGCGGCCCUUUCCAGGCCGGCUCCCCUUCCUACCACCUGUACUACGGCACCUCGGCCGGCUCCUACCAGUUCUCCAUGCUCUCCGGGGGCGACCGCUCCCCGCCGCGCAUCCACCCGCCCUGCACCAACGCCUCCACGGGCUCGGCGCUGCUCAACCCCAACCUGCCCAGCCAGAGCGACGUGGUGGAGGCCGAGGGCAGCCACAGCAACUCGCCCACCAACAUGGCCAGCACGGCGCGGCUGGAGGAGGCCGUCUGGAGGCCCUACUGAUCCCCUGGGAGCUCCCCCGGGGGCAGGACUGCCGCGCUUUGCCGGUGCCCGCGGGCGUCCCGCCGACGCCCGCCCGCCGUCGGUUUGAGGAGCGAACCCUCCAGGAGCUGUGGCGCAGGCCCUGGAGAAGCACCAGGACAUCCCUGAGCUUCUGGGGGAAAGGAGGACGCCCCGCUUCGGUGGCCCGUUCGGCUGGGUAGGAAGGUUUGUCUCCGAGGCCCCGUGGCUUUUCCUGGGCUUUAUGAAGGUUCUCCACCAAAAAAAAAAAAAGAGAGAGAGAAAGAGAGUGUUUCGGUUCACUUCUAUUUUUAAGACUUAAAAAACUAAAACCAAAAAAACCAAAAAAAAAACCACAAAAAAACCCACAAAAAAAAAUUAAAUAAAAAACCCAUAGUGAGUUUACUGCAUCUAAUGGACAUUUUACCUGUAAAGAAAGUAUAGGAAGAUUCCCAGAGGGAAACUGUGAACGCUCCUGUUUUAGCAAUGCUGUGAAUGAGAGGGUUUUUUUAUAUGUUGGACUUCGUCCUUUCUUUGCUUUGUUUUGUUGGGGUGUUUGUUUUUUUUUUAAACCACGUUGUAUAUCCCAAAGAAUAUGGAAUUUUUUUAUGGCUGGGGUUUUGGUUUUUUUGGGGUUUUUGUUUUGUUUUGUUUGGGGUUUGGUUUUUUUGGGGGGUUUUUUUUAGGAUGCAGCUCAUCCUGCUUUGCAUCUAAUUUCUCUUGGCACCUUAUAAAUUGCAAAAACAAAAAGAUUUUGCUCUUUUUUGUUUUGUUUUGUUUUAAUCACGCUCGCUUCUUUCUUGCUUUGUCAACUGAAAGAAUCAGCCCCUUUUUCAAUGAGUUAAUUUAACUUUUUAUCUCUUGGACUUCUAUUUUUUUUUUUUUUAUACCACAAUGGCUACAGCCUUGGGUCAUUUUCAACUACUGUACUUCUUUGAUGAGUUCAUUGAUAUUUAUGCUUGAUAUUUAGACUUUUCUUAUUUGUUGAUACUAUUAUUAUUUAAAUGUGCCUAUAUUAAAAAAAAAAAAUCAGCAAUUGCCUUUUUUUGGUAGCAGCCAAAGUCAAAUUUAUCCCAUGGAAAAAGGCUGGAUAACGAUGGGUAAAGUGACCUCCUAAUUACCUAGAAAUGUUGUUUACAAUUAUCUCACUCUCAGCUCGCUGGGCUCAGAUUCCCAAAGGCAUUGAGGUGCCCAAUUCCUGCUGGAAGGCACCAAAAUCCCUGGGAAUUUCAGUGGAGUCAUCUCUCCCUACUGCUCCCACGCUUUUCCUUCGUUGCCAGUGGUGACCCUCAGGAUCAGGGAUCAGGAUGUAGGUAUUCCAUGAGGCAGAUUCAAUAUUCCCUAAUUAAUGGGGAAUUCCCUAAUUAACGGCCCCGCUCUGCUCCUGGGCUUGCCUGGGCUUCCCAACGGUGCCAGUGGUGGCUUCCUGGUCCUUCAGAAGCGAAAGCCAACCCGCAGAUCUGAGGGUGGUGAAGCACUGGAACAGAUUUCCCAGAGGAUUUGUGGCUGCCCCAUCUUUGGGAGUGUCCAAGGCCAAGUUGGGGGGAGCUCUGAGCAACCCGGUCUAGUGGCUCCCUGUCCAUGGCACGGGGUUGGAUUGGAUGGUCUUUAAGGUCCCUUCCAACCCAAACCACUCCAUGGUUCAUUUUAGGCAGGGCACAAGCACCUCAGAUGUCACUGUAAAGUUUAUUUUUUAUGUGAGGGCACCGUUUGAUCGGGAGGGUUUGAUCCGAGGGCGGUCCUUGCGCCGCUCCUCGAGCCCAAACUGCCGAUGCUGCGCGUCCCAAACGAGCUGAUUGUUAUUUAAUGUACCUCUUGCAACGAGUGAAAACCAAUUGCAGGUCGACUCAGAGAGUUAUUUGAAAGCAGGGCUUCAGAUCAGUGUUUGAUGUUGUAAAAAAAAAAAAAAAAAAAAAAAAAAAGAAAAAGUUAAAAGGAUUCGAAUUAAAAAGAUCCUUGGCUGCAGGCAGCAAAACAGCUGGAUUUAUUUAAAACCAUUUGUUUUUCGAGAUUUCUUUUUUUUCUUUUCUUUUUUUUUUAUGUGUAUAUGAUUUUGCUUCUUUGUUUAAAUCAGAUGCAGUAGCACUUUGGUGUUGAAAAGUUCCGAAUCGAAGAGUUUACCUUGUCGAUAAGGUCAUUUUUUUUCUUUUGUGCAGAAAACAGGGAGUGUUUCAAGAGAUCCCCAGCAAAUGUCCAAAUUGUUUCUGAUAAAACACACACGUGGCCUUGUGCUUCUCAUUUAGUGGGAGAUUCUUUAUAAUUUCCCAGAGUUUGCUCCAAACCAAAAAAAAAGGCAGAAAACCUCAAAAUUAUAUCAGAAUACUUAAAAAUAUAUUUUGGAAGUCUGAAAACCUGGCUGAAUGCAGAAAUACAGAGACUUUACCCGUUGUGGCAUUCCCACAGUUGGACUCUUCACCUCUUCAGCAGCCUAAAAAAAAAAAAAAGGUCCUUCAUCACUAAAGGGCAGCUCUUGGUGCAGAAUCCAUCUCACACCUUCUCUGGGGCUGGGCAAUUAAAACCUUCAUUUGUUACAGCUCCCACAUCUGCCUUGUGACUGGACCACCCAAGUGCUGGGAGGGGAACCCAGGAGGGAGGGAGAGGAGCUCGGAGGAGGGAAGGGCUGCCAUGGCCAGGAGACUUGGAGAGGGAUUUUCCACAAGGGCAUGGAGUGACAGGACAAGGGGAAUGGCCUUGAGCUGAAGGAGAGCGGGGUUAGGUGGGAUAUUAGGAAGGAAUUCUUGGUUGUGAGGGUGGGGAGGAUCUGGGAUGGAAUUCCCAGAGAAGCUGUGGCUGCCCCUGGAUCCCUGGAAGUGUCCAAGGCCAGGUUGGAUGGGGCUUGGAGCAACCUGGGCUGGUGGAAGGUGUCCCUGCCCAUGGCUGGGGGUGGAAUUGGAUGAUCUUUAAGAUCCCUCCCAACCCAAACCAUUCCAUGAUUCUUUGAGUUCAGUCCAGUGGCAGAAGGGAGGUUGUUGAGAUCACCAAAGGGAGGUUGUUGUGGUCACCUGAGUGAGGUUGUUGUGGUCACUAAAAGGAGGUUGUUGAGAUCACCAAAGGGAGGAUGUUGUGAUCACCCAGGUGAGGUUGUUGUGGUCACCAAAGGGAGGUGGUUGUGGUCACCCAAGUGAGGUUUUUGUGGUCACCUGAGUGAGGUUGUUGUGGUCACUAAAAGGAGGUUGUUGUGGUCACCCCAGUGAGGUUGUUGUGGUCACCCAAGUGAGGUUGUUGUGGUCACCCAAGGGAGGUGGUUGUGGUCACACAAGUGAGGUUUUUGUGGUCACACAAGUGAGGUUGAUGUGGUCACCCAAGGGAGGUUAAUGGUCACCACACUCCCAGGCCUGUGGGUCACCACAACCUCCUUCCUGCUAAAGCCCUUUGCCCCUUCUGGCCACUAGUAUUUCAAACCACCCACUUUUGAAACUAAAAGAUCAGGGAUUCCCAAGAAUCCAAGAGCUGGGCAUCCCCCAGCCUGGAGAUCAGAACGUUUUUUACGUCUCCCCGUGCACUUUCUCCACACUUCUCCUUAAGCUGAAGCUCAGUUUUGCUCUCCCUGGUGUGAAGGGGGUGAGGAGCUACAGAACUGGUCACCACACUUCCCCAGUGUCUUACUGACACUUUCCUGGGAUUUCCCACUCUCUCCCUCGUGGGGAUUUCAAGUAACUCAGUUUUGGAGUCCAACCUCCCUGUGCACGUCAAGCACAGCACGAAGCAUCACCCCCUUGAGGGAGGAAGCACCAAGUUCAUUAUCCCUGGCAAUUAAUCUGGGCAAUCACUGUGGGUUUCAGUGUUUGUGUAAACCACAGUUUAACCAAAUCUGUAUUUUUGUAGCCACCCCACACCCCACCAAGGACAAGCAAAGAUCUUCAAGGCGGCGAAAAUGCCCUCACGUUGUUCCUGUUGUGUCUUAAGAGCACUUAGCAGGCAGAAAAAGGACAUUUGGAGAGAACAUUUCCCCCAUCCACAUCUCCAAAUCGGAGUAUAUAAGUAUAGAUUUAGAUAUGUAUAUAUAAAAUAUAUGUAUUUAUAUAGUUUUAUCACCCCGGGAGCCGGGUGGGAUUAAAAAAACAGAGCUGUUGUGCUCCUGCUGUUGCAGUCAGGGAGUGCUUUAGGUGCCUUCCCCUCCCGAAAUGGAGCUCAGGGCAGUCCUGGCUGUCAGCUUGGGUGUUCCUUUCACGAGACACAACUCCCUGUCCGGAUGCAGCCACGUCAAACAGCUUCCAACCAAACACAGGGCCAAAGAUGUCCCUCUCCAACAACAUCUAUGCUCAUUUAAGAGCCUCCUGCUCACUUCCAGGAGCUUUAGCCCGAGGAUGGGCAGAUGCAAAGCGCACCCUCACCACGAAGGGUUGGAUUUGUAGGAUUAGGCCAAAUUCUCCGCUGGGAAGGAGCGAAACCCUUCCCUCCAAACCCCCCAAAGUGUUCCCAGUUACCUGCACUCUUGAAACCUUCGUUUUUCUGCUUUCUGGGUGACCUUUUCCAUUGUUUGGUGUGUUUUGAAGAUUCAGGGAGAAGUGGAUCCUUGUUUUCCUGCCUCGUAUUUUUAUUUUUGUUCACCUUCGCUCGGUCAGUACCAACCACUCGGCAUUUUUCUCCUCGUCCUAAAAAAGGGUUGCAUCGACAGAGUUACUUGUAUUUAUGUCUGUAAAUAGAUUUCAAAAGCUUCAUAGCAAAAUAUUUAGUGCUUGUAAUUGCUCUGCCUUUUUUGUUUUGUUUUAUUUUGGUUUUUUUCCCAUUUUUCCGUGUUUUUAAUGAACUUACCUUUGUGUUCGCUUAAAUACUGUAGUGAGACUUAUUUCUUUCCCCAUGAGUUAUUUUUUUAGGCUUCAAGAUGAACUACAUUUAAUUCACUUUUGUAAACAGUUAUAGCAUGGUCUCUUAUCCAACAUCCUCCACUUUUUGUUUUGGUGGGAGGAGAGAAACGAAGGUGCAGAAAAUUUUGCAGGUUGUUUGUGGGAUUUCGGUCCCGUCUCUUCCUUCAAACAAAAAGCUGAACUUCCAGGGUGAGGUGGUGAGGACACAGCAGGGGACACCCCCUGUCAGAACGGCCCCAAAGGGCAUUUGUUCAGCAUUUUCUGUUUACAAAACAUUUCCAGAAGGGGAAAACCACCAGCUUGUGGAAGUUGCCUUUUUUUUGUUGUUUUUUUUCGAGGGUUUGAUCACAGGGGAUUUUUCCUCUCGAGGAGGGAGGGAGGGAGGGAGGGAAGGGGUGGCUGCUGGUUUGUUUUUUGGUUUUUUUUGAAGAAGAAGAAGAUAGGAAAAGAGAAUAGAGUGGAUUUUUUUCCCCCCACUGCAGGAAGUGUCUGAAUGCCAGGUCAGACUCUUGCUGUCCCACAGGGAUGGCUGUGUCCAGCACCACAGGAGAAUUCAUUACAACUACACCCAGGGCAGCUGGACUGCUGCGUUAGUUCUAAUGAAGACCUUCUUUCUUUUUCUUUUUCUUUCUUUCUUUCUUUCUUUCUUUCUUUGUACCACAGUUUCCUCUGUAAAUUCAGUAUCAUAAUUAGCGUGAAUGACAAAUAAAAUGUUUGAUGAGUAUGCA